AGGUCAAUUCGACUUGCAGACUGGUUCUUUAUCCGGGUCAAAAACUGGCUCAGAAGAAAUGAAUUGAAAAGCAGAAAACUCUACUAAAAUCCAGCAUUAGCGCUUUCAAAACCCAAAAUUAUUUUGAAAAAUCAUUUCAACAGUUCCUGUUAACCCAAUUACUGUCAAUAUAUAAACAUUUUAAUUUGUUUUGAGCUCCAAGAACGUGUUUCGUAGAUGUGUUGAUCCUCGAUUAUGAAUUUGGGGCUCUCUCAAAUUAGAUCAGUUUUGUGAAAGCUGCUUUUAAUGAUGUCAAGACCCCUGUUACUUGUCUCUCUACUGCUUAUACUCAUAAUCACCUCUCAGUUUGAGUGGCGACAACAACUUGUUGUUGACCUGGACACUACUACAACUAUCAACCAUAAGCAAUACCAAAUUUCGAAGAGGGAAGAAGCUGUGAAAGAGAAGAUCAUCUUGUCACAAGAGAAGAACAUUCAGAGACUUAAUGAACUCGUACAAAGUCUUCAGAAACAAUUGUUGUUGUGCAGGGGCAAUUAUGGGACAACAAAUGGCACCGUAAACCACAUGACCAAUCAUGUUACAGAGCUUGAAUGAUAGCAGAUCCUGGAGGACUUGGCAAGGGCCUUACGAGCCUCUGUGUAAAGACUUGGUCUGUUGAUGUUGUAAAAUCCUUCAUCAGCCCAAUUUCAAUUUGAGGUUCCUUUUGAUGUAAGUUUUGUAUCUUUUUCACUCAACUAAAAAAUGCAUGAUGUUAAAGGGCCACCUUACCCAUCUGAAGUAAAUGAUAAGUAAAAAAGCAUUGUAUUCUAA